AUGCAACACGUUGUUCAGAAAGUAUGGAACCAAAAAUUUGUGAAUUUUAGUAAAUCUACCCUCCUGAACAACGCAAUGCAUUCAGUUUUUGAUAAAAAUCAUCUCUAACAUGAGUAAUGGGCUCUCAAAAUCACGAAAUUUCAGCUCAUUUUUGGGCUCUUCAGAGAGUCGCGCAGCAAAAAUUGAAAACAGGAUCAUCUUUUGUUUUUCCAGGCAACUCUACGAUGGGCCAAUUCUGAAUGUGAACGAAAAAAUCUGCCAGCAGAUGCUGAUAAUAAGCGAGCUGUUCUUCAAAAAGCCCUGCCACUUAUUCGUUUUCCGCUGAUGAAAAUCGACGAAUUCGCGUUGUUUGUAGGUAUGUCGUUGAAAAAAACCCGAUUUUUCUGGAAAUUUGAAAAAUUCACAAGAUUCUCGUCAUUUUGAGACCAAAUUUCAACCAGGAAAAUGUACGUUUCAACAAAAUUUGUUGAAUUUUUUUUUGGUUGAAAAAUCUGCUAUUUGAGUUUUUUCCAAUUUCUCUAAAAUUGCUCAUGUUAAAGACUGUUAAAAGCAAAGAAUCUUGAGCAAAAAGGAAAAAAAUCAAUUUUUUUGUUUGGAAAUUGGAAAAAUUCACGGGAUUCUCGUCAUUUUGAGACCAAAUUUGCUAAUAAUUCUGAUUUUCCAGUCAAAAAUUGGGAUUUUUCAGUUCCCAGACCUAAAAAUAGCUGAAAAUAUCGAUUUUCCAGUCAAAAAUCGGGAUUUUCAGCUCCCAGGCCGAAAAAUAGCUAAAAAUUAUAAUUUUUCAGUCAAAAAUUGGGAUUUUCAGCUCACAGACCUGAAAAUAGCUGAAAACUCUCAUUUUUCAGCUCCCAGACCAGAAAAUGCUGAAAAUCUUGAUUUUUCAGUCAAAAAUUGGGAUUUUCACCUCCCAGACCUAGAAAAUAGCUGAAAAUUCUGAUUUUUCACUCAAAAACUGGGAUUUUCAGCUCCUAGAUCAAAAAAUAGCUGAAAAUUCUGAUUUUUUAGUUCCCAGGCCUGAAAAUAGCUAAAAAUUCUGAUUUUUCAGUCAAAAAUUGGGAUUUUCAGCUUCCAGACCAAAAAAUAGCUGAAAAUUCUGAUUUUUCAGUUUCAAAGCUUGAAAAUAGCUGAAAAUUCUGAUUUUUUAGUUCCCAGACCUAAAAAUAGCUGAAAAUGCUGAUUUUCUAGUCAAAAAUUUGGAUUUUCAGCUCCCAGACCUAAAAAUAGCUGAAAAUUCUGAUUUUUCAGUCAAAAAUCGGGAUUUUCAGCUCCCAGGCCUAAAAAAUGCUGAAAAUUCUGAUUUUUCAGUCAAAAAUCGGGAUUUUCAGCUCCCAGACCUAAAAAUAGCUGAAAAUAUUGAUUUUUCAGUCAAAAAUCGAGAUUUUCAGCUCUCAGACCCAAAAAAAUAGCUGAAAAUCUCAAUUUCAGAACCCACCGGUUUGCUAUCCGAUCGAGAAAUGAACAAGAUCUUCAAAUAUCUCGCUGUAAAUCCAAGCGAUCGUCCAGUUUUGAUCUAUUCGGAUCGUGUGCGAUGUUCGAUUUCCAAAACUGAAUGCGUGGUUUCGCGAUUUCAAAGAACCGAAAAUCGAUGGGGAUAUAAUGGGACACCUGAUAGAAUUAAGUGAGCUUGAAAUCCGGAAUUUUUUCAAAAAAAUCCAGAAUUUUUCAACAAAAAAUCACUUCAGAUUCACCGUGGAUCGUAGAAUUUUCGUCGUUGGCCUUGGAUUGUAUGGAAGUGUUUUGGAACAACAUGAAUAUAAGGUUCAAAUUAAGAUAAUCCACUGUGGGACUAGUAAAACAUUAGCCGAACAUGACACGAGUUUUGUUAGUGAUGGAAGUUCGAAUUCGAAUCGAGUGUGUUUUAAGGAACCUGUGGAGAUUUUGCCUGGAAUUACUUAUAUUGCAUCGGCGUUGAUUAGAGUGAGUUUGAAAACUUGGGAAAUUUUCAAAAAUAAAAAUUAAUUCUGGGGUGAUUCUUGAGUCGAAAUUUUUGUGUGGAAAAAAUUAGGAAAAAAUGAAGUUUUUUGACAUUCGAAAUUUUUUUUUCAAAUUCAAAUUAAAAAUUUAUUUUUUUCAAAAAAUUUUUCCAGGGAGAUUCAUAAAAAGUGGGUCCAAAUGUGCUGAAAAUUCUAGCUAAAAAAUGAAAAAAAAUCUGAAUUGUCUGAUUUUCCGGAAAAUUAGACAAAAAAUAAAAUUUGUGAAAAUAUUUAGUUUUUUUUCGAGAAAUUAUGGUUCCAAGAAGAUUUUUAAACUAAAUUUCAAAAUUUUCAAUAAAAAUUUCCCCAUGUUUUUCUGUAAAUUUUUGAGAAAAUUUCGAACUAAUUCAAAAUUUUCCUUUUUCAAAACUUUUUUCACUCAAAUCACUUCAAAUCUUGAUGAACCAGAAAAAUUGUUCAAAACUUUCUCUGAAAAUUUAAUUUAUUCAUGUUUUUUGGGUAAAUCGACUAUCUGCUUUUCAGUUUUUCACAAAAAUCAUCGAAAAUUGAGUUAUGCUAACUCUUAUGAGCCCAGAACUUGGCUCAGAGGUCCUAAAAUCUUAGGGUGUUAUUAUGACCCCAAAAGCUGUUUUUUCUGAUUUUCCAGAAAAUUAGAAAAAAAUCACAAAUCUGUGAAAAAUAUUUACAUAGUUUUUGUCCAGAAAUUAUGGUUCCAAGCAAAAUUUUCAACAAAAAAACUGAAAAUUUCAGAAUUUUUCUCAAAAAAAUUUUUUUUUCCAGGGAGCCGAUUCCUACUAUGGCACAAAAGGCCUUCGUCGAAUAAUGUUGAAUGAAGGAGAUGUGACAUUUCAAUUCACAUACGCAGCCAUGAAUAAUAAUGGAACAAGUGUUGAAGAUGGACAAAUUCCCGAAAUUGUAUUUUAUGUGGCACACAAAUAA